GUGGUGCAGAUAGUAGCGAGAUGGAAGAAAAUAGCAACAAUAACAACAACAAUAACAACAACAAUAAUAAUAAUAAUAGUGGCAGUAGUAGCAACGCAAGCAACGGCAACCCUAUUUAUAGAGAUUUCAAAGCUCUCCACAUGUCUAAUACAAUACAGGAUACACCUUUGGAUUAUAAUACCUCGCAAUCUAGGAGUGGCUAUCAACAGCAACAACAACAACAACAACGUGGUUAUUCCCCAGCUAUGGAGAGACAACAGAAUUAUGAAAAGGAAAUGCAACAGAGGCCACCAUCCGCUAGGGACGAGGAUAGAAGGAUGUCUUGGGAUUAUCUUGAAAAACAGAAUGAUCAACAGAAGGAUUAUUCGAGAACGCGAAACGAUUAUCAGGACACGAUAAAGCAAGAGCCAAAGGACCAAUUGAGUCACGAGUGGGUGUCACUCGUUCCCGAGGUCGAGGUCGGUGGUUCAGCGCCUGGUGGGCCGCAAGUUCGAGCACGCAAAGAUAUACCACGGGGUACCAGAUUCGGUCCUUUUUCCUGCAAGUGGGUGAGCGAGCCUUUCAAUCCCCGUUACGCUUGGGAGGUUCGAAUAGUCGGCAGUGGUGUACGAGGAUGGUUGGACGCUUCUCACGAAAGGAGCAAUUGGUUAAAAUACAUACGCAGUACAGCAACGCCUCAUCUAAUCAAUUUGCGGCAUAUACUUAUUGGAGGAGAGAUAUUAUACGAGACCAUUCGAGACAUCGCAAUUGGUGAAGAGCUCCUACUAGGUCUACGAGAACCUCUCCAAUUACAAGACAUCCUUGGUGAGAAUGCUACCGAAGAUAGAAGCGACAGAGAAACCGCAUCUCAACAUAGCGGUACAGUCGAUGAAGACAGAGAGGACGAAGAGGAGAGCGAGACGAGAUGUACUGUCUGUGACAAACCCUUUCAAGACAUAGAUUUAUUGGACGGACACCUGGUGACUUGUCAUAGAUAUCCAGCUGAUCAACACCGGUGCGACGAUUGUCCACGUGGUUACGCUUGGCGAGCACUUUUAGUUCGUCAUCGAGCCAUUGUUCACGGCGAUCGAAGGAAUUAUCCUUGCGAAAAUUGUCCGAGGUCGAACACCCGACAGGUUUUUACGGACCCGUCUAAUCUCCAACGUCACAUACGUUCGAAUCACGUUGGGGCGAGGAGUCACGCAUGCACCGAAUGCGGGAAAACGUUCGCCACGAGUUCCGGAUUGAAGCAACACACUCACAUUCACAGCAGCGUUAAGCCAUUUCAGUGCGAGGUCUGUUUCAAGGCGUACACUCAGUUCUCCAAUCUUUGCCGACACAAACGCAUGCACGCGGAUUGUCGCAUGCAAAUAAAGUGCGUCAAAUGUGGACAAUCCUUCAGCACGGUUACGUCACUGUCGAAGCAUAAACGUUUCUGCGAUUCAACGACACCGACUGGCCCACCAGGAACAAUGCCACAAUUACCAACUUCGGCGCCUAGUCCUUUCCUCGUUUAUCCGAGACCACCGGUCAGUCUACCAGGUGGUUUACCAUUUUAUCCGCCUAGCCUGAUGACACCGUAUCCCGGAAUAUUUCCAAAUGCACCGAACUUUCUAAACUCCCCGUUACUUUUCCCACCGAAACUCGACGACGGUGAUAAAAGAAGCGAGAGCCCGAAGAAGGAACGUUUCACCCCGCCAAGAAUUCAUCCCCAACACAGUAAGAUAUCGCCGUCGGCCGGCGAGGAGGCAACCUCGUUGUUCAGGCCGUCACCAGCCAGGCCACUCGUUCACCCAACGUCAGAGUCCGAAGACGAUCAGAGCAAGCGUCGUGAGAACCUCGGAAAGUCGCUAGAAAAAAAAAUGGAAAUCGAAACGGCGACGAAUUCUACGAACGAAGAAUCGACAGAUCAGCCUUUAGAUCUGAGGGUGCAAACGAAGAAGCAGGACGUAUCGAUAGACGAGAGAAAGAGUCGUAGUCCUUCGCCAGCGCCAAUAACCGUCGAGGAACCUCCGCCACCACCUGUGGAUCCACCGAGAACGACCGAAGAGGAAAACGUCGUACCGAUCCCACCGAUGGCUGUCAUCGAUACGAAGGACGUAACGAGUAGUCCGCGUCUCAGAACGAAUCUUUCAACAACGGAUCAAACGCCAACGAAUACUCCUCCGCACAUGGCGUAUCCCAGACCGAUACAUCCGAUGUUUCUGGAAGCCAUGUAUCGUACACCUGGAAGUACUUUUCCUGCAUUCCCAGGUGCUCCUCCUACGGCAGGAGGUGCUUCGGCCGAAUCGAGAUUAUUACCACCUCUUCCACCGUUCGGGCCACCCCGUGGACUUCCUUUUUUAGGGACACUAAUGAACGGGCUCAGCGGCGCCAGGCCAGGAGGGGGAUUCGACCUGCUUGCCAGGCCGCCGAUGGGUGCGUUCCCCGGCGUGAAACCGUUUCAAGAUGCCGUAAUGCCACCCCAUCACCAUCAUCAUCACCAUCACCAUCAUCACGCGCACGGUAAGAUAAAGGAUCGUUACUCGUGCAAGUUUUGCGGAAAGGUAUUCCCGAGAUCGGCGAAUCUUACUAGGCAUUUACGUACCCACACCGGCGAACAACCUUACAAGUGCAAAUACUGCGAAAGAUCGUUCAGUAUAUCCAGCAACCUACAACGACACGUUAGAAAUAUUCAUGACAAGCAACGACCGUUCAAGUGUCCCCUUUGCGAGAGAUGUUUCGGUCAACAAACCAAUUUGGAUAGACAUUUGAAAAAGCACGAGGCAGACGAUGGCAGCGGUGUUGUCUCCGUAGCUGAUUCUCCUGGCAGUAGCAACGAGAACGAACGAGAGGACACGUAUUUCGAUGAGAUCAGAUCGUUCAUGGGUAAGGUAACUUAUGGUGGUGAACCUGGUUAUCAUUUGCCACCUCAUCCAGCAUAUUUGUCCGGUCGUUUGCACGAUAUACAUGAGUCCAAAAUGGAAACUGAAUACGACGAGGACGAGGACAGCGAGGAAGGCGUUUCACCUCUCGAAGAGGCUGACGGUCUUUCGCCCUUAGAGACCAAAGAUUCUCCCUCGCCCUCCCAAUACGAUCUUAAGUUGAGAGACAAACAGGAAUUGCUCAACAAUAAUACAGCCGAACCGGUUAUCGAGAUCUCCACAUAACCGAAAGAUCGUAUCGACUGAUACUACUCGCUUAUACCUCCUUCUCUAACCCUGAUCAUUUAAUCUCUGACGAUGGAAUAAAUGGAACAACGAUGCUACGAUCGUCUCUUCAAGAUCCAAUCAACGAUGAAGAUUUAUCAAUGAUGGAGAUCGUUCGUUCGUUCGUUCGUUCGUUUCAGCUGAACGAAACAACUAUAGUGUGAAAAGAGAAAAAAGAAGAAAGAAAAAAAACGAACGUCUUUCGUUCCUCCCUCUUUUCCAUUUUCUUUUUACUACCCCUCUUCGUGUGUGGUUCUUUUUUUUUUUUGUUGUCUUAAUCCAUCAAAGACACAUGAGUGGACAAAAAUGUAAUACACUUUGUUAACGUGUAUAACAUUUAUUCUCGAGCGAGUUGCACGGCUGGUUGGACGAGUUUUAUGGGAAAAAAAAAAAAAUAACAAAAAAGUAAAAAUUGAAAAAGAAAAAGACAGCGAGAGCGAGAGUGAGAGCGAGAGAGAGAGAGAGAGAGAGAGAGAAAGAGAGAAUGAGAUCGAACUUAUAUGCGUGCUUUUACUAUUAUCAUUAUUAUUUUUUCUUUUUCUUUUUAUCGAACAAUGGUGUCUCGAGAAUCGACUAAAAAUAACGAGAGAAAAUAAUAGUUCUCUUAAUAUCUAUUGGAUAUGGAAAUCGUUGAAUCAUAGCUCUUUCUAUUUCUUUUUUUUUUCUUUUUUUUGGCUUCAGUUCUUUCGCAUAAAAACGAGGAACGUUAGCGUCGAAAAAAUUCGUGAAUAUAGACACGUACAAUAUAUAAAUAUAUAUAUAUAUAUACACACACAAAUACAAACGCAUACAGACAUACAUACAUACAUACACACACAGACACACAUAUGCAAAACAUUCUUCUAUAGUCUAGUUCCUAUGAGUAGCAUGAUCAAACAUACCCUUUUUAUUCUCACUGUCAAUAUUCGAAUCUACGUUCCUCGCACAUUAUUAUUUAUUGUACUAUUUUAUUAUUAUUAUUAUAUAUUAUUAUAUAUUAUUAUAUAUUAUUAAUAUUAUUAUUAUUAUUAUUAUCGAAAUUAUUUAAUCGUUAUCAUUGUCAAAUGUCGAUCAAGGAUGUACGGCGAUCAUGCGAACUUUUCUGAAUUAACUAUUGUUCGAUAAUCAUCGUAUUCGCAUUAAUUCUAAUCGACGAUCUGAUUCUAUCGGGACAAGAUUUCUUUUUUCUUUCUUUUUUUUCUCUUUUCUUUUUUGUUUUUUUUUUGUUUUUUUUUACAAAAUCUUGUUAUCGUCAUCGUUUCGCCGUAUCUCCUUUUCGACCGGCACGAUUCCGAGUUAUAGCGUCGUCGCUCGAAUCGAUCUUUUUAAUAGCUUCUUCCUACUCCUUGCAAGUUAAUGAAAUUGCGCUGCGUUAAUUUGUGAAUAUGAAAUGGAAAAGAAAAAAAAAAUAAAUAAAAAGAAAAGAAGAAAGAAAAGAUAAGAUAAGAAACAAAAAACAAAACGAAACGAAACGAUGUCAACCGUCGUAACAAAGAAAAGAAACAAGUAUGGAGAAACGGAGAAGCGAGAGAACAUUUUUCCAUCACCUAUGAAGAAGAUCCGACAUAGAUAUUUGCGUUGUCUCUGCGUUUUCUAAACUCUCUUAAAAUCGUCGAUCUCGGUAUUUUUCAAACGAUACAUUUCAUUCGAUUUAACAAACUUAACGAUUUAUCAACGAUCAACGAACGAUACGACGUUUCGUUGUUCGACGUUGAAAGAAAUCACUAUUUUAAUUUCCUACGUGAAUUUUCAAUUGUAUCAUCUGCGAUCAUCUGCUUUCGAAAAAAAAGAGAAAGAAAAAGAAAAGAAAAGAAAAAAGAAUCUUCAUUCGUUCGUUCGUUUGAUCGAACUAAUAAUGAUUUUUAGAUUCUCGUCGUUCCUAGUUAAAGUCAAAGAUUCACAUUUGAAAAUUGAUUCGUCGAAUCGAUAAGCGACAUCGAUUGAUAUUAAUCGUCACAUUGUAUUAUUAAAGUCAACGAUGAUAUUCGGACGAUAGGAUCGUUAAUUCACGAUGAUCGAUUUGGAACGUUAAUUCACGAUAAAUAAUACGUGUGAAAAUAGUUCGUUCGAUGUUGUUUGCCAUUUAACGAAACGAUUUAAAUUUGUUAGUCAAAAAUGAGGGGAAGGGAGAGACAUUUAAAAAAGAAAAAAAAGGGGGAUUUUUAAAAAAAGAUUAUUCAAUUCGUCUUCGAAGAAAUUUUAUCAAAUUUGAUCAAAUUUGAUCGAGUCGAUUGUACGAUACUCGUGUCGAGUCACGCUCGACAUCAGUUUGUCGAGUGUCACUCGACAUUUAUUUGUCGAGUGUGACUCGACAAAUCGAUUUUGAUUAGCUUAUUCUGCGUUUUACUCGAGUAUGAAAUCGAUCAUCGCGUAAAAACAACAUCGUAAAUAGAUUUAACACAUUACGGUAAUUGAAAAUCGUGAUAUAUUAUCGAAUCUCUCUCGUGCGUUAUCGAAUCAUUGGCGACGAUUUUUUCUCGCGAGAUCGUUCCUUUUCUUUCUUUUUUUUUUUUUAAUUCUUUUCUUUUUCUCUCGUCCUUCUUUUCUUUGAAUCUUUUUCGUUUUGUUUUAUAUUUCUUUUCCCAUUUUUUCUUUUCUUUUUUCUUUCUCCGUUUCUCUCUCUCUCUCUCUCUCUCUUACUCUCUUUUCAAUUUUAUUUUUACAUUCUUCCCUCAUCAUUACGAUUCGUUUUUUUUUCUUUUUUUCUUUCUUUAUUUAUUUCUUUUUUUUUUCUGUAACUGGUAACGAACGAAAUAAAUCGAAUGAUUAAUAUAAUUAAUUGAAUAUUGCUUUUAAACGCUGUCGUUUUAAGUUAGAAGAAGGAAGAGAGAAGAAAGAAGAAGGAUGAAAAUAAGGAGAGGAAGAGAAGACAAUUUUUAUCGGAUAGUCCACGAAGCCAAAGCGACGAAAAGAAGUUGAGAUAUUAAUUAAAUAGACGCGACUUGUUAGGAGCAUUUACGAGAGAAGAAAUAAGAGAGAUUAGAGAUGAAAAGAGAGAGAAAGAGAGAGAAAGAGAAAGAGAGAGACAGAGAGACAGAGAGAGAGAGGAUUAACGUGAGUAUAGUCAAGAGAGAGAAAAAGAAAGAAGUGAAGAAAAAAGAAGAGAAGAGAAGAAAUGAAGAAAGAAAGGAAGAAAGAAAGAAUGAAAUUUCUGCGCGAAAACUGUGUACAAAUUUCCAUUAGGUAGUAAUACGUUUGUAAAGAAGAGAAACAAGGGUUUUUCCGUGAAUUUAUAUACAUAGGCAUAUACAUAUUAUACAUAAUUAUACAUAUAUGAAUAAUGGAACUUUAGGGAUGAUGAUUCGUCGUUAGUGAGAAAAAGAGAGGAAAAAAGAAAGAGAGAGAGAGAGAGAGAAUGCGAGAGAGAGAGAGAAAGAGAGACGUUAUGAACGUAUUUACGUAGGACGACUCUCGAAAAGAGAGAAAAAGAGAGGGAGAGAGAGAGAGACAUAGCGAUCGAUCUCGUUAUCGAAAUCGCUCAUUAGUUAGGUCAUAGUUAUCGCAGUCGUAAUUGAAACAGACAGAAUAACCCCAUCCUCGUUUAGAAAAGGCCAGAAGGCGACGAGCCGUACGAUUAAAAUCGUAAAAUCGAGCACAUAAAUUAACAUGUAACAAAACACGCACACGUACACACUCACGCACAUACAGAUACGUACACUCUUACCACCCACACGCGCGUAUACAUAGGCAGGAUAAUAUAACGAAUAAAAUACGUGUGUCCCUACACGUAUACGAGAGGAAUGUUCUUUUUUUUUUUUUUUUCGUAUCGGUCAGAUAUAUAUUAAAAUAGAAAUUGAUUGUUCUCCGUUUGUACAAGAACGUUAUAGAAUGAUAAUUCAUUCAGAGACGAUGAACGAUGGGGCUUCUUCUAACUUCUUUUUUAACGUAAAUUUUACGAAUACGUGUUAUAUACAUAUAAUAUCUCUGUCUUCUCUGUCUCCUUUUUCUCUUUCACCGUAGACGAUAAUAAGAAGUUAUUGAAUUGAAUUAAGCAUAAUUACAUUGCUCAAAUAAUUAAGAACGAACUAUAUUACGACUUUGUGUAUCUAUACAUACUGUAUAAAACAAAACAAAAAAAAAAAUUGAAAAAAAGAAAAAAAAGAAACACCGACACAAACACACACAGACAGCAGAGGCGCGCGUACAUACAUACAUACAUACAUACAUCCUGUAACUUCAUUAUAAUUAAUAUUAAAAUAUUACAGUUCAACCUCGACAUCUAA